AUGCGACCAAAAGCUUCAAUGCGCCAGUAUAACGUGGGCAGUCCCUUUGAGAGAAUCGCCAUCGACAUCGCCGGCCCUUCCUCAGAGUCCGACCAUGGGAACAAAUACAUCCUGAUAGCUAUGGAUUACUUCAUUCCAGUUGAUUACGCACCAGCUCACUGUGUGGCAGAGGAUGUCCAAAUGUCCAGGGGUAUCGCUGUGGUAUUCAACAAGAAAUUCGGUCAGCUCCAAGAACAGAACCCUGAAGUCGGAGGAGUAUUACAGUUGAAAAAGGACCAGAGAAACAUUUCCUACUUGGUGACCAUAAAGCAUUUUCGAGACAAACCGAGUCUUACCAGACUGAGGGACACGAUGCUCGACCAGAAGCUCGUGUACUUGGCAAUGCCGAAAAUAGCCUUUGGGCUCGACAG